AUGCAAGCAAAUACAUAUGAAGCUGAUUCUUUAUGGAAGUUAGAGGAAUGUCACGUCUUUUACUGUCAUGAAUGCCAUGGUAUAACAGUUCGACAACUUCGAUCUUUAUACUUAAGUCAAAAACCUGAACAUACACAUCUUGCGCCUUCACAUUUAUUGAGCUCGCACUGUAAUGGCAAUCAAAAUAGUAAUCUGAAGAGUAAUUCUGGAAUUAAUUCAAAUAAAGUAUCAACAGAUGCGCAAAAUGUUUCGUCUGUUCUUUACGUUUCUUCGUUAACUCAUGAAAACCAUACGGACAAUGCUAUUACCCCACAACUACACCAAAAUAAAAAUUCUCCACCAUAUAAUUAUUUAUAUUCUGCGAGGCGCAUUCAAAACUCUAACAUUACAAACUUGCCAAAAACAAACCAGACAGAUUACAAAUGGGGCAAAAACCAUAUAAAUAAUGAAAGACAAGGGACUGAAUCACAUACGCCGAGAUUCAUGCGACAAACUGUUUCAUCUCGCAUGAAAAUCAAAAGCAAAUAUUCUACAAGAAAUUCAUCCAUGUGGCGUCCUCGGAACACUAAUGUGGAUUCAGAUAAAAAUUUUUUUAACAUGGCUAGCAUCACAAAUCCAGCAAAGAUCGUCAGUGAUGCCGCACUUUAUGUCUCCUACGGCGUCAUCAUUGUUGAUGAAGAAAACCAGCCAAAAAACCUUCAGAAAAGUGAUGAGAGUUCAGCGAUGAUUGAACGAAAUGCACUACUGUAG